CUUACUACUCUUUCUCGGCUCAGGAAGUGAACUAGUUAUUUUAUAUGUUUAUAUUCAAGUAAUGUAGAACAUGUCUGAGAUACAUAGAAAUGAAGACAAUUUGGGAGCAAUUAUUGUCGAGGUUCAAGAUGAUUUAUUACAGCUAAAGUCUAGUCUUGAAAAAAUUAUUGUGAAUGAUAGAGGAACAACAUUGGAUAUUCAAGCCCUGGACAAUGCCAUUUGUAGGACUGAGAAGAGCAUCAGGAAACAUGCUGAGGAUUAUUUGAAAACAGUUAAUAAACAGCUGUAUGUUCUUCCAAGCAUUGAAGACUUUCCAAAACAGUCAGCAAAAAUUCCUCAAUGGAAACCUCUUGAGGCUAUUCCACAUGUGCAUCCACAAAAGAAGAACCUUCUAGGAGCCUCACCUGGGGAAAAGCAAAAGUUCAACAGAAAUUUGAUGUGUAAUCCUGCUAAUCCAAGCAACAGACAAAUUGUACCCCAAAAAUGUGGGAUAUCACUCCCUGAUGUUGUCAAGAAGAACAUUAAUACAACAAAACAUCAAAGAAAAAUUGUUGUCUCUGGAUGUCACUUCCCAUCUAUACCUGAGGAUGACAUGAGGACAGUUUUACAACCAAGCUUGCUUUCUCUGGCAGUCCAGCACAAGGCUGCAUCUCUUCAUCCUAAAGAGGACACUUUUAAGACAGGAUCAAAUUCCAGGUGUGAUGAUCAACAAAAAUGGGAAACAAAUUCAGAAUCCCCUUGUGUGAGGAAAGUUGAUGAAUGCACACCUCUUUGGGCCACCAAGACACCACUUCCAUCCACAACCUCAAUGAGUAUGGGCCAAAGUGAAAUUUUGAAAGGUACCAGCAGCCUUAUCCCUAAAACCCCUCAGGUUCCACCUGUGGAAGUUCCUGUAAACACUACCAAAUUCCCCUUUACAAUCAUAAAGGGGCAGAUUGACCCAAUGGCGAUAGAUUUCUCUCAUUUCAAGCAGAAUUUUAGUAUGUGCUGGAGCAGUGUGGUUGAUAUGCUGGAGGUGCUUAAAGAGCUGCUCGGGAACUUUGCAGUUCCUGUAGGUAAAGUUAGUGGAGAGCGGCUUGUGGAGUUAUGUCGUGGUUGGGAAAAUGGUUGGAGAAAGACUCCUUCAGUGAAUACUCUCCUCUCAGUGCUUGAAAAUCAGGAGGAAGUUUUUAAUCUGGUCUCAAGCCCAGGUCAGCGUUACAAGGGAGAGGGUGGCAUUGAGGCAGCUGCUAUCCGCAUCCAAUCCUGCUGGAGGCGCUACUUAGCCAGGACAGCCUACUUGUGUCACUUGCGCCGCAAGUGGGCAGUAGACAUUAUCACCAUCUCAUGGAAGAUGCGUGCUCAGAUUCAUCGCACCAGGAAGGCUCUACAGGCCCGGCGUAAUAGUCAGCUGGAAAAUAGUCGCAGCAGAGCACAGCAUCUGGCAGCCAACUGGAAACGCAUCCAGUCGUCCAAGAGGACCAUUAUCCACAUCCCUUCAUUAGGGUACUCUCAGAGCCAGCGACUGAACUUGAGGAGAUUCGACAUCCUCCAGAACAUCCAAAUAAGCAGACUCUUUGACAUUAGAGAUAAAAAUGUGGAGGUUAUCUACAUAUGCCCCCAACAUCUGGGGGAUGACAUCUUGGACUAUUACAACAGCCUCCUCAAGUGUGAUGGAGCCACAGAUGGAGCUGACACCAUUCAGACCUUAUCCUCCAGGAGGCGUUUUAUCAUCCUCACACCUGAGGCUGUGGAUUAUUUCCCCACCCAUAACAUGUGUCUGUCUACAUUACUGAAGUACAGUCCACGCACUCUGAAGCGCAUCAGAAACCUGAUCUGUGGGAAGCAGGCCUACAUAGUGGGUGGAGUAUCUCACAUGGAUGACCUGGCGGUGGCUGAUGAGUUGGAUGUGCCAAUCUUAGCUCCAGAUCCAGCUGUUUUUCAACUCAACAGCACCAAAUCUGAAGGCAGAAGGAUUUUUGAUGGUGCAAAGGUUGAUACGCCGCCUGGUCAAGGAGAUGUUUGCUCACUACAGCAGCUUCAUGAAACGCUGGCAGACCUUAUGACUCAAAACAUCACUGUGCAACGCUGGCUGUUUAAGAUAAACUCAGAGCAUGGUGGCCGUGGUAAAGCGUACUGUGAUGCUUGCCAUCUUAGGAGCUAUAACUGGGCCCUGCAGCAGUAUCAUCAUUACGGGCCUGAUCUAUGGAACGCAAAACAGAUUCAGGAGCCUGUACUGCUCAGAUAUUUAGAUGAAAUCCCAGAAUGGCUGGCCCAUUAUGCACAACCUGCUAAAACCUCCUGCUAUCCCAGUUGGGCCUGCUUCCUGAAGACCUUCCUCAGGCAAGGUGGUGUAGUGGAGGCAAAACCCCCAUCAGAGAGUGUCACCUAUCUGACAGUUGAUAUGCUUCUGGAGCCUGGAGGUGAGGUGACCAUGCUGUCCUGUGGAGACCAGCUUCAUGGCUCCUGUCAGCUGGAAGCUAUAGGAACCACGGUUCCUCAGACCUCUGUACACCCAGAGACCCUGCACUCUGUCUGCAUGCGUGUGGGUCAGACUUGUCUGCAGCGCCUUAUCGUAGGUUAUGUCUCUGUGGACCUGGCUACCUUUUUGGACCACAACACCGUGGAGCAGAAGGUGUGGGCUGUUGAUCUAAACAUUGCAUACAGUGACCAGCUGGCCAUGACCCAGAUGCUUCUAAUGGUGACUGGAGGAACGCUGAAUUGGCACACUGGCUUUUUAGAAGUGCCUAUGCCAGUCAGGGAGAAAGUCUGUGAACACCAGAUUGCAUCCAAAGUGGUUAAUUGCUAUGCAGUCAUUGGGAGCCACUUGUUUCAUUCUAACCUUUUCAUGCUGUACCACAAUACAUUCCUGAAGACGUGCAAGAUUCAUGGAAUCGGAUUUAACAUGAAGAAAAGGCAAGGCACUGUUUUUGCUCUUUUUGACAUGAGGGAGCGAUGCAGCAUUGGAAUGAUAACGGUCUCAGAUGAUCUCCAGGGAGCUCUGGUGACCUUUGCUCGGAAUCUGUCAGUCAUUUAUCAGGAAAUAUCAUCCUCAAAGAUGCAAGGAGAAACCAAUUUCAAGGAACUGGUGAAGAACAUUGAAGAUGUGCUGCAGAUGACUGUUCAGAAUAAGAGGCUAUUGAAGGAUAAACCUGCUGCUUAGACAACAGACUCACUCAGCAGUCAAUUCAAAUAACACUAUGAAUACAAUAACCUGAUAAAUACAUGCAAGAUGAAAAGAUGAUAAAUUGAUUAUUGAAUUUUUCAUCAUAAAUCUGGGUAAUUAUUCACUUUUGUUUCAGUCUCUAUAAUAGAAUAUAGUUUGCUGUUGGAGAGCUCAAAAUAUCACUACAAAGAAGUCAAUAAGCUUUUAUACUUCAUAUUAAAGACUAAAAGUCAAUAGUUGUGUAGAUUCUAUACACAAAAGAUCAUGAUGACUGUAUGGUUAAAUUUUCAUAGAUAAUGAAACAUUUUAAACAUUUUUCUGAGCUGGUUUAGAUGCUGCACUUCUAGUGCCAUUAUUAAUAAUACGUUCUACUUUUUUAAUUAAAAUUGGGAAAUUCAGCUCUGCAUUUGACCCAUCUCUACAUGUGCUACAGAGCAGUGGACUGCUAUUUCUCAGCACCCAGGGAGAAGUUGGGAGGGGUUAAGUACCUUGCUCAAGGAUGCACAGUGGUUCACCCUUGUUGGCACACCAGGGAUUCGCACCAGGAUUCUCCAGAACAUAAGUAGAUAGAUAGAUAGAUAGAUAGAUAGAUAGAUAGAUAGAUAGAUAGAUAGAUAGAUAGAUAGAUAGAUAGAUAGAUAGAUAGAUAGAUAGAUAGAUAGAUAGAUAGAUUUUCAGUAAAUUCUUCAGUAAGAAAUUACUUCCUUGAACAAGAAGGUGCACAUUAUUUUGGUUCAGUAAAGAUGUUAUGGAUUCUGACUGUGGAUUUAUUCUCAAACGACUUGUAAAUACACAAUAAAAAAGGUAGUUGAAA